CAAAAAGUCAAUAACUCCGUAAGGUAUUGGCUGAUAGUGGCCGUGGUAGAGAAGAAAUGUAUAAGACGUACUCAUCGACGUUCAUCACUCAGCCUCAUGCGUACAAGGAAAGUGCCAUCAUUGCCUUCGAAUUAUCCGCCGCCCCCAGGGUGGUAGAGAUAUUAUCUCGGGUUUUUCUUGCCAGGAGACGAAUCUUUCGCGUUUGCAAUCGACCACGCUCAGCAGAGACCAGCGUUCUGAAUCGCGCGGCACAGGAUGGAACAGCCAGAAGCGCCAGACGCUCAUGAAGUCUCUGCGACGUCCUCUCGCGACCAUGGAGAAAAGCUGCAGGGCCGGCGUCAAGAUGCCUCGACAGCGAACCGAGGAACGGAUGUGGCUUUGGAGUCAGCGCAGAUGGAAGUCCGACUACGUCAGAUGGCGAUGGAGCUGAUGGAGCCGACGGUUCUAAGAGCGAAAGUCUACGAGGAUGAAAUCGAAGCCUUGAAGCGAAAGAUCGAGGAACAGCGAUUGGACAUCAGCGGACUGCGUGAUGUGGCGCGGCAAGCAAGUCGUGAUUGUAAGCAUAUCGAAAAAUUCCGAGAGCAUCUCACGAAGUCGGACGGCGAGAGGAGGUACUAGUUCUCUGUCUGCUCAGAGUCUUCGCUCAGCAUGAAUCCGUAUUCUUUGACUUUGGCAGGAGAGUUUGUAGUGCUGCACAUUUCUAGAUAUGUCGGGGUUCUUCUACUACUACCUUCAGCGUAUUUUUUGCUCUGUGCAUCGAAUGACAGGGAGCACGGCACGCUUUUACGAGAUGAACUUCGAGCGCUAGAGGAUCGGUUGAGAGGCAUGAGCCUUCAGCGUGAGCAGCAUGAGGGCGCGCAGCUGCAACUCGAGCGGCGCCUCGAACAACAGCAGGCAGAACAAGCGCGACAAUAUGAGGAAGUCCAGUCGCUGAAGCGCUUACUAGCGGACGAAUUUGCACGCCGCUCGCGCGAACUUGCUGAGGCCCAGGGUGCAACGGAUGUCAAGUUCGCGCGUCAAGAGCACAGCUUGGCUCGUAUAGUAGAUCAACAUUUCGAGACAGAACGACAAGUGGCGAACGCAGCACGAUCACUCGAGAAUACGAUCGAAAAAGUCGACGCUCACGCAGCGGAGCUCAAGGAGCUCAAGGCGACAGCUUGCGACAAAAGCGAAGUGAAAACGCGAUUUGGAAACGUCUUCACGAGAAUCAAUGCACGUAAGUACUUAGACUUUAUUAGAGUGGUGAUAAGAAGGAUCAGGUUUAGUAGACCUUCUGUAUUAAUUAGGAGUCGCGAAUCGUUGAGCCAUAAGUUGAUGUCAGGUAACCCCCAAAACUGAUACCUCAAUCACAGUGGACGAAGCGAACGCGGUGCUGGAAGGUCGCAUUGAAGAAUCUGCCACGUCAUUGAAGGGACAUUUUGAGACAGCUUCCAACAUGAUCGCCUUGAACACGUCUACCUUGUUAAAAGAGGCGCGCGACGAGUUCCAGAGGAAGUUUCAGGACAACGAAAGCUCACAGAAGCAACUUCUAGAGGCGAUGGCCGACUUGGAGCGGCGUGAUUUCCCGCGGCAACACGCGGAGUUGCGUCGCGACAUGCAAGAGGAGGUGCAGGUCGUGCGUGAAGAGCUGCUUGCGCGCGAAAAAAAGUGGCAAAGGGACUGGAACGACGGCAAAAUGGAGCGACAAGCGCUUCUGCGACGGGUCGAGACAGCGCUGGCGGCGACGCAGAAGGUAGACGCGAAUCGGGAAAGAGUGGGGAAAAUCCUGGAGCUGAUGGCGGAAGCUUGCGAUUCUGUCACAGCUCUGAUGUUGCAAGACGAGAGCGACCGAGACGGCAUCAGCUUAUUGGGGCUUCGGGACAAAAUGGGAGAACAACAGCAAGGAGGCUUGUCCAGCUCAUCGAAUCCCUCCUAUCAGAACGAAGCUGAUCUCGACACUAGCGGACGGUUUGUGCAAAGCAGUUGUGUUGAAAGGUACGGCAACCAGCCUGGCCGACCUCCAGCUCCUGACCCAGUCAGCAGCAAAGUAAUGCGCAUCAGACCGAAAAGUCCGGAAUCAAGGAUCUCGCCUCGAAAAACGUUUCACUUUCCUGGUAAUAGUUCGACGUCGACACCUUCACCGGUGAAGCGCAAAAAUGUUAUGGCAGGGCCUUCUCCAAGGGCAAGUAGUACAGCGAGUCCACCAAAGCGCAGCAGCGUUACGGGAGGAAGCGGGGUGAAACUAAGUGCAGGUAAUAAAGCAGCGGUCUCCAUCGACCCGCGAUGUCUGGCAUGUAGUGGCCAGGCGUCGCAAGUUUUACAGGGUUUUAAGAUGGCGUGCUUGCAUUACGUGCCAAGCCAUGUCAGGUGGCAUAGGCAGGACUACUCACGACGUGAGCUCCUGCAGUUACAGCAACAGUUGCUUGCGCAAGCACGAGCGCUGAGGGACUGCAUGGAACGCGGAGAGACCACAGAAGAUUUCGAAUUCGCGGCAACUGGACUAGAAACGAGAAGUACGUCGUCGCCGAGCAGGGGAUCUAGAGGUAGCUCUGUGCAUGCAACGAUUCGCAUGCCAGUGGUACCAAAGACCGCGGUGGAGUAUUUAGGACGAGACAGAGACGCUUUAGGAGAGAGCCAGUUGUUAUCCAGCUCUAUGCGAUGCGCUCCUAGCAAGAAUAGUUAUCGAGCAGGCACCUUACUGGAGGAUGUUGAUGGGUUGCAUUGUUCUUUUGGGGCUCCGGGAGAUUCCGAUUCUCCUCGUAGCGCGUACUUGCGCAAGAUUUGUCCCAAUGUACGGCCCUGGUCAGCAUCUACGAACACGCGGCCAGGUACUGCGGGAUUAGCGUCCACCCGACCCGGCACAGCUCUAGCGACCACCAUAAACAGCCGACCCGGUACUGCUCUCAGCGUCGUGACGAGGCCAAAUACCGCAGGACAAACGUGAUGGUGUGUCGUAUACAGCAUAAAAGUACAGAAUGCAGCACCAUCAACAACAAGCCCAGAAGAUCAAGUUCAAGCAUAAAUUAUGUCGUGGUCAUGUUAUUAUAAAUUGAUCAUCGCGGCCAGAGGCGGUAUAUCUGAAUAGUGUUUGUACAGGUAACAAGUUGUACUUAUAUAUACAUAGUUGAAUAUAGUAUUAGGCUUAGGCUGUUGCUGUCCAAGUUUUCCGUUUGCAUUAUCGAGUGACUUAAUCGUCAAGUUCGCGACGUGGUGCUGAAACAAGAACAGAAAGUGGAAGUGCGCAAGCGUGUGAAUAUGAUUUACGCAGAAGAUAACAGCAUAUUAUACUUAUCGAUAAACUCAACUCAAUGAAGAAUGUAAGACAUGGGCUAGGGCUGCAAAUUAUUCUGAGUAGGAGUGUAGAUUUCAUUCUUGCAUGUGCAUUCGAAGGAACUAGUCAAAGCGGGCUUUGAUCUUAGCACGCUUGCGUCCAUGAUGGUGUGGUAACGGUUGCUCUGGGUCAAUUUUGAGCAUGAUAUGAUGUGCACGGGGAAACGAGCUUCACACUGAGUACAGUAGAAGUAGUUUGAUACAUACAUAAUCGAUAUCGCCGUCGAUGACUUGGGACCCGCACCCGUGUGCAACGAAGAU